AUGAAGAAUUUACGAGGACAUACAAGCACACGUGAACUUGCUGAUGACACUGUACGUGAUACUAAGGAGGAACAUCACAGUUUGCGAGCACCGGAACCCGAGCCCUCAAAAACUCCGGUAGCGAGUGAAACGACUAAGGGAAAGUUCCCUGCUGAGUGGCUUGCCAACUUCACUGAGGAGGAGCUUGCUGAUUCUGAUGAAAAAAGCGCCGUAUGGGCUGAGGAAGUGAGGGAGGCCAUGCGGCAUGUGUGGAGGAACUAUAAGCAGUACGCCUGGGGAAAGGACGAGAUCGCUCCUUUAACGGGCCGUCCUGGGAGGCAAUGGUGUGAUGCUGCGGUGAUGAUGAUAGACUCUUUAUCCACUCUGAAGGUCAUGGGGUUGGAGAAAGAGUUCGACGAGGCUACACAGUGGAUAACGGACAACCUCAAAUUUGACCGCCCGCGCGGCUUGCAUUCCUUCUUUGAAAUCACAAUUCGUGUGCUCGGUGGUCUCCUCUCUGCACAUAGUCUCAGCGGCCGACAGAUCUUCCUCGAUAAGGCCAGAGAAGUGGCAGACCAUAUGAUGACAGGCUUCACGGACUACCCAGGCUGCCCCCGAGCACAGAUCGAUCUGGGAACUGGACGUGCCUCGGGAAACGGCUGGAUGUCGGGUUUCAUACUGGCCGAGGUCGGAACACUACAACUCGAAUUUCGUUAUCUUUCGGAGCACACAGGAGAUCAUAAGUACGCCGAGGCUGUGGACAAAUGCCAGGAGUCCAUUUUCCAAGCUGCAGGGAAGCAGGGUCUGGUCCCGUAUGAACUCGCCAGCGAUAGGCCAAUGUUCACCGGUGGAGUGAUAUCGUUCGGGGCGAUGGGGGACUCAUAUUUCGAGUAUUUGUUGAAAGUGUGGCUUCAAAGUGGAAAAAGGGAGAAGAAGCAUCUUGAUUUUUGGACUAAGGCGAUGACUGAGAUAGAACGGAUGAUCUUCCGAACAGCUGGGGGGCUCACGUUUAUCGGGGAGCUCAGGGGUGGCAUGCCUAACUACCGCAUGGAGCACCUCACGUGCUUCGUCCCCGGCAACCUCAUGCUUGGUGCACGCACUCUACCACGGGACCGUGUCGAUCCACGUUGGGAGAAGUGGGCCCAUGACAUAACCGAGACCUGUCAUCAAAUGUACGCACGCUCCAAGACUGGGCUCGGACCGGAAGUUGCGGAGUUCAGACUGAAUGCUCCCAAGGGAGAUGACAUGUACUAUAAUCCUCGAGAUGCCCACUACAUAUUGAGACCAGAAACCAUAGAGAGUAUCUUCUAUAUGCAUUAUUUUACUGGUGAUCCUAAGUAUAGGGUCUGGGCUCACGAUAUGAUGACUGCACUCAAUAAGCACGCGAAGGCCCAGUAUGGCUAUUCUGCGGUUUUUGAUAUCAACCAAGUGCCAGCACGACAGAAGAAUGAACAGGAAUCCUUCUUUACCGCGGAGACGUUGAAGUACCUCUACUUAACGUUAGCUCCACGGCAUGCCCUCAAUUUGGAUGAGUAUGUUCUGAAUACAGAAGCCCAUCCACUUAAAAUUGCCAACCACUGA